CGCAAGAUGGCGGCCGCGCUGAGGCGCCCUCCGCGGCGUUUUUCGGGCAGCCACUGCCCGCCAUGAUCCCUGCUGUUCUCUGGGCGCUGCUGCUGCUGGGGUGUGAGCGCCCCACGGGGCGGGCCCAGACCCCGGCUUCGCCAGGGAACCCCGUCUUUCAGCCUUCUUUUAUCCACAUGUCUGGGCCCACAGUCAGUUCAUUUUUAGUUGGGAAUUCAACAGAUGUUGUUCUGGGUCUAAAUGUAAUUCAUGUGAACACUGAGACAGGAAUGUUGCCACUGUUACACUGCAAUGGGAGUAACAGAUAUGGUGAAUGGAGUUUGAAUGUUUCUCAUGGUAUGAAUGUUUCCAAAGUGACACUAACCUUGAUGAGAAACCUGCAGUUGUGUUUGUCUAACGCAAGUGAUUGCUGCCUGGAGCCACUUUGCGUUGUUGAGACUCUUCAAGUUUCUGCUUGCCGUGGUUCAACAAUGUUGGCAAAUCUCCUGAUUCAAGCUGAAAUAUAUGUCAACUCUUCCUUUACAGGAAAUGUGUCAGAAAAUGCAACAGUCAUCCCUAACCAAGUGUUCCAGCCCCUCGGCUCUUGUCCUUGUAACUUGACAGCUGGAAUUUGUGAUAUUCGUUGUUGCUGUGAUCUGGAAUGCACGUCAGAUUUGAAGCAGUUGUUCAGUGGAUCAUGUUUUACUGGAGUGUUUGGUGGGAAUACAAACCCACCUUUUGACCAGUUGUGUUCUGUUCAGACAACGAACAGUGCUCCUGACUGGUUUCCCUUCUUGUGUGUACAGUCUUCUCUUAACAAUACACCAUUUCUUGGCUACUUCUACCAUGGCUCUGUUUCUUCAUCUCUAGUUUCUUCAUUUAAGAUUCCUUUGCAAACUGUUCUAGAAAAACCUUUAAGUGGUUACAAACAAGGAGAUCCAAUUAUGACAACAGAGAAUGAAUAUUUUACAAUUCAUCAGCGAUCCAUGGCUGGGCAGUGUGUUGGAAACGCCCCAGUAGCAUUCCUUCAGAAUUUUGAUGAUAAAUGUGUUACUAGUCUGUCGGCUUACAAGGAAGGAUUGUCUCAUAAUGUGGUGAUAAACAGUGGUACUGGAGACACCAUCCAACAAAAUGUGAUCUAUGGGAAUGUAACUGAUGUACGUAACUUCAUCACUGAACCAGAAGACAUUCAGAAUACUGAAGUUUUAUGUAUAAAUGUGACCUUUGCAGAAUAUUACAUGUUCAUAUGGAAAGGCAAGACAAUAGAGGAAAUAAAUGUCACAGUCCUCAUUGGAAAAUUAUGUGAUGGAGAAAUACUGACACAGAGAUUUUCAGUAAACUUUGUAAGCUUCAAUAGUACUAAUACAACAGAACUAUCUGGAAAUCCAGGUUACCAAGUUGGCAAACCUGUUAGAGCGGUAAAUAUUUCUUCUGAUACUAUUACCACUCUAAAACUUUGGCAGCCAGCUGGCAAUGGUUUGUGUACAUCAGCAACUUUCACACCAGUGCUGUUUGGAUUAAAUUCCUUAUCUGGAUGCAUUUUAGAAGUGAAUAUUAAUGAAGAUUGCAGUCAGUUAAGGGAGGAUGUAACUGAUAGAUUUAAUUCAUUAAUACAAGCUACUCAUGUUGGGAAGAGAGGCAACUCAAGUUACAGUGAUCUAAAUGACUUGGUGGAAAUAAUACGUUUAGAUCCACCUAAUCCUAGUGCAAAUGCAAGUGUUGGAAAUUUGAAUGGCAUCUGCUCAGAUAUUCCUGCUAACCUUAAUAUUCACAUAAUCACUGCUGAUGUGGGUGCAGUAGAAGGGAUUGCACAGGAAGAGAUACUUGGUGUACAGAUCAGUUUUUCAACAGUGAUAUGGCAAUUCCAGUGUGGGAUUAUCUGUGAAAAUAAGUCCAGUUCUCUUCCUAUCACUGCUUCAGUCCAGUUUAUUAAAGUACCAGCUCAACCACCCAUUCCAAUGACAAGAUUUCAGAUUAACUAUACAGAAUAUGACUGCAAUCGAAAUGAAGUUUGCUGGCCACAACUCUUUUAUCCAUUGACAUGGUAUUACACAGGAGAACCAUAUUCUCAGCGUCUUGCCAAAGGCUUGAUACUGGCAUUUUUCUUUCUACUCGCAGCUGUUCUGAGUAAUCCUUGGAGUAGAAUCCUUAAAGUGCCCGUUUGGCGUGUGGGUGCCGGGUGGCCGCAGCCUCCACCCCACUCCGGCCCAGGCCUCAUCAUGGGCUCCCUGUUCCGCAGCGAGAGGAUGUGCCUGGCCCAGCUCUUCCUGCAGGCGGGCUCGGCCUAUGAGUGUCUCAGCGAGCUGGGCGAGAGGGGCCUGGCCGAGUUCAGAGACCUCAACCCCAGUGUAAGUGUAUUUCAGAGAAAAUUUGUGAGUGAAGUGAAGAAGUGUGAAGAAAUGGAAAGGAUACUUGGAUUUCUAGUUCAAGAAAUUAAGAAAGCUGAUAUUCCUCUUCCUGAAGGAGAUACUGCUCCUGCUGCCCCUCAUCUUAAACACAUGUUAGAAAUCCAGGAACAGUUGCAGAAGCUCGAGACAGAAUUGAGGGAGGUGACUAAAAACAAAGAAAAGUUGAAGAAAAACUUGCUUGAAUUGACAGAGUAUACAUACAUGUUGCGGAUCACACAAGCCUUUGUCAAAAGACCCGUUGAGUAUGAAUCCUGUUUACAUGCCAAUUAUGAGGAAUUCCCAUCUUUAGAAAAUGACCCUUUGGUGGACUACACUUGUAUGCAUAGACUGGGUGCCAAGCUAGGAUUUAUAUCUGGUUUAGUUCACCAAGCAAAAAUUGAAGCAUUUGAAAAAAUGCUAUGGAGAGUCUGCAAAGGAUAUACCAUUCUUACUUAUGCAGAGCUGGAUGAAUGUCUGGAAGAUCCAGAUACAGGUGAAAUCAGAAAAUGGUUCGUGUUUUUAAUAUCGUUUUGGGGUGAACAGAUUGGCCAGAAGGUUAAGAAGAUAUGUGACUGCUAUCAUUGCCAUGUAUACCCCUAUCCCAAUACCAGUGAGGAGCGCAGAGAUGUUCUUGAAGGACUAAACGUUCGCAUUCAGGAUCUUCAUGUUGUGCUGCAUAAAACUGAGGAUUACUUACGACAAGUAUUAUGUAAAGCAUCAGAAUCCAUUUAUACCUGGGUUAUCCAAGUGAAGAAGAUGAAAGCCAUUCAUCAUGUACUAAACCAGUGCAGUUUUGAUGUCACAAAUAAAUGUUUAAUUGCUGAGGUUUGGUGCCCAGUAGCUGAUCUGCCAAACUUGCGUCGAGCACUCGAGGAAGGAUCAAGAAAGAGCGGAGCUGCAAUCUCUUCAUUCAUGAACACGAUACCAACAACAGAAACGCCUCCAACUUUAAUACGUACCAAUAAAUUCACUUCAGGGUUCCAAAACAUUGUUGAUGCUUAUGGAGUUGGGAACUACAGAGAAGUUAAUCCAGCCCUCUACACCAUCAUCACCUUCCCCUUCUUAUUUGCUGUUAUGUUUGGAGACUUUGGACAUGGUCUUCUAAUGUUUAUCUUUGCCCUCUUGAUGGUACUUUAUGAAAACCACCCUCGACUAACUCGAUCACAAGAUGAGAUCAUGAAAAUGUUCUUUGAAGGGAGAUACAUAAUUUUGUUGAUGGGUCUAUUUUCUGUAUACACUGGCUUGAUUUAUAAUGACUGUUUUUCAAAGUCAUUAAAUAUAUUUGGUUCUGGAUGGAAAAUUUCUGCAAUGUUUGAACAAAAUAUCUGGCGUCUUGAUGAUUUGAAGUCUAAUCGAUAUUUGACAUUGGAUCCAAAUGUUACUGGAGUGUUCAAUGGAGUUUAUCCCUUUGGCAUAGAUCCGAUCUGGAACCUGGCCAGCAACCGUCUCAGUUUUUUAAAUUCUUUCAAAAUGAAAAUGUCUGUGAUUUUUGGAGUGACUCACAUGACUUUUGGAGUUAUUUUGGGGGUCUUUAACCACUUAUAUUUCAGGAAGAGGCACAAUGUUUAUUUGGUUUUCCUUCCUGAACUUUUAUUCAUGCUGUGCAUCUUCGGAUAUCUUGUAUUUAUAAUCAUCUUUAAAUGGCUAGCUUAUUCUGCAGAAAACUCCAGAUCUGCUCCCAGCAUUCUGAUUCAGUUUAUUAACAUGUUUCUAUUUCCCACUAGUGGAGUGGACACCUUUUAUACAGGACAGGUUAUUUUACAGAGAUUUUUAUUUAUUGUUGCUUUGCUUUCUGUUCCUGUAAUGCUUUUUGGAAAACCACUUUAUUUGUAUUGGUUGCACAAUGGAGGCCGAGGCAUUGGAAUGUACAGAAGUGGCUACAGACUUGUUCGAAAAGAAAGUGAAGAAGAACUUUCUCUAUUGAGAUCACAUGAUGUGGAGGAAGGAAGCAGUCCUUCAGACAGUGGGCACAGAGAAGGGGAUGGAGAAGAGUUUAACUUUGCAGAUGUUUUUAUGAAUCAGACUAUUCAUACCAUUGAAUACUGUCUAGGAUGCAUCUCCAAUACUGCUUCAUACCUGAGACUGUGGGCACUAAGUCUUGCUCAUGCACAGUUAUCAGAAGUGCUGUGGGCAAUGAUAAUGAGAGUGGGCCUUCGUGUGGAUGCAGAAUAUGGAAUCUUGCUGUUACUUCCAGUUUUAGCCUUCUUUGCUGUGUUAACAGUAUUCAUUCUUUUGGUCAUGGAAGGUCUUUCGGCUUUUCUACACGCUGUACGACUUCAUUGGGUGGAAUUUCAGAACAAGUUCUACACCGGUGGAGGUUACAAGUUUACUCCUUUUUCCUUUAAGCACAUUUUUUUACAUUUUAAUAAAGAUGAUAUUGCAUAAUUUUAUUGGCAUAAGCAGAGGUGUUCAGAGUUGUCUGCAAAUCAUGUAAUUAGAUCUCACUGAUGUACAGUUUGUAGAAAAAUGUUUAUCACUGAUUGCCUUAUGUAGCCAAAUAAUUCUGUAAUAUAUACCUCCUUCAGACAAAUACAUUGCCGAGCUGGAGCCUCUUGUAAAAUAUAUAGGCAUCAAAUGUAUGUUUUUUUCAUAAUAAACUAAUGUUGUACAUUAAUUUUAAGAUAAUUAUAAAAUAAUCUUAUUGUUUGUUCUAAAAAUAAGAAAGGUAUUUUAUUUCCAGAAGAGACUGUUUAUAUUCUUUAAUGAAUACUUUUAAAUGUUCUUAAAUACCUUAAUUUCCUUUCUGUCAUAUAAAAUACACAGCAAGAUUACUGUAUAUUACUCAUGUGUUCACACCCCCUCAUAAACUUAAAUUACCACCUAAUGGAAUCUGGAAGCAGUUAACAUUGAACAGUGUAUGUUUUCAGUACUUAUUCCCAGGAGAUUACCAAAAAUAGUAUAAACCGGUAAAUACUAAUAUAAAAUGCUCUUUUGGGGCUAUUUUUAAAAGUACACCAACAUUUUUUUGUUUUUAAUUUUUAAAAAACCUUGUGUCUUGAAUUCUGUCCAGAAUUAUUACUUUAAUCUUUGCAAGUGCACAUCCUGAAGCUUCAUUUGAUAAAAGAAAAAUUAAGGGCAGAUGGGGGAACCCAACUAUGGUUCUUUUUGUCUCCCUGCAUUGAGGAGUUUAUAGUCUUAUGCCCCAAUUUUGCUAAAUGAUCUGUGUGGGUGGACUCCUAUACUUGUGUGGAACUCCACUGGGUUCAGGGAUUGCUCAUCCAAACCAUUUUGCAGGAUCAGGGCCUUUAUGAUGUCUUUAACAGGUGACUCAAAUUGUAUAGCAGAAUAUGUUGUAUUAAAUGCUCAUUCUACAGACCUUUCACAUGCAAAGUUCCCAUUAAUGAGAACUGUAUCUUUAUGACCAGUGCAGAAUCAGGCCUUAAAUGUAUACUGUAUAUAUUUGGCUUUAAAGACAUUUAUGGAUAUAACUUGACUGGAGUGACUGGUUUAUCUGAUGUUACUGAACCAAAGUUGUUUAUACUGAGUUAAGAAAUGUUACUUAAAAGCAUAUAUGUGAGGGGAAGAGAUGGUGCUUUUGCAUUUUUAUAUGUCAAAAUGAAAAUUAGGAUAUUUUACCAUAAUAGUUUGACAUUUGUGCCAUAAGAACAGCAUAAGUUAACGUUUACAUUUUUCUUUCAUACUGAUUCCAAAUAAAAUAUAAUUGCUAUUUGCAGAAUUAAUAUUCUGCCGUGUUUGGUUGUAUUUAAUUGUUUAAAAUGAACUCCUGCAGCUCUUAAACUAUACCACUAAAAUUUUGUCCUAUGUAAUAUUUCAAUUUCCUAUUUACAAUAUUUUAAGAGGUUCCCACUAUUGUAAAAAGUUACAUUUGUUACUAAAUCUUAAGUCUUUUCAUUUCUCACUUCUAUUAGACCACAUUUUGUGCAAUCCCAAUCAGGCUACUUGGCCUCUUCCAAGAAUAAAGCUUCACUUCAUGAGA